AGAGUCGGGGGGAAUCAGUCGAGCCGCGUCCGCCGCACGUAGUGGCCGUGUUGUGUGUGAACGUAACGUCGGAACCGGCCCGAAUGCCGGGGAACCAGUCGAAGCGAUGGCAGUCCGCGGCGUGAGAGCUGCGCUAUGUUGAAGCAUGCACAGCGGCCGCCUGCGGCGAAUGAUGCCGACCACCGCUACCAGAACAUGCCGCGGCGGCCGCACCACCACCUCCCGCUCAAUGUCUCCACUCUGGACUCCUCCAAACACUCUGUUGGAGGCACAUCGGCCAGCGUCAGCCCUGGAGCCCAGCCGCCUACUACCGCCGCCCCCGUGCCUGUAGUAACACCCAUACCGGUCGCAUCUCCCCCGAAACUUGCCAACGGAACGGCUACCGGUGUUCAACCCAGCAGGCCUGCUCUCACGCGGGCGAGGAGCACGCGGGCCGCAACCGAGGAAGCUUUGACAUCGUUAGCCUUACUGUGCCUCGUUAGUUUACUCUUGGCUUUACUAGCUUUACUUUUCCUACUGAAGAUAUCCGCGCCCGCGACAAGUGCUCCCGAGGAAUUCGCAGUGGUGUACGAAGUGACGUUAGCUUUGUGCGCGUUGACGCUAUCAUUGAACCUCUGCUGUCUGCUAGUGUGUGCUAUCCAGUUCCUGUUUGCGGUGAAGUUGGUGCACUCCCCCUCGGCACCUAACGGCCGGUCGAACAAAUAUUUGCAAAAAUCAGCAAUUACAAGAGUCUGCGCCGUUGGAGGCUUCUUUAUCUCAAUUCCGGUGUUUUUGACGGGUAUAAUACUCUACACCUUCAUCCAAUUCCACUCGACGCCAGCCAUCGUCACGUCCGUAUUCAUAGGCGUGGGGAUCGUAUUCUGCGGCUGCGCAAUGGUCCACAACGUGUUCGUAUGGCAGAAGGAGAAGACCAAUUUAGUGAAGGCAUUUCGAACACCGGACUUGAAUACGACUAAUAUGAACACAUCGAAUGGCGUGAUAAUGGGAAACGGGCACCUGAAUAAUACGGGCGGCAAUUUGAGUUUCCAUAGCAUGUCUGCGGCACCGUUUACGCAUCCUAUAACGCUCUUGCAGCAAGGCGGACCUUACAUUAUUAGACCACCCACCAGCACUCCUCCAGGGGGAGCUGGCGAGGCCACACCGGGCGUGCCCGCCGCCACCGUCGACCUCAGCCACGACGCGCACGAGCUGAGCACCCUCGUUUGACGAGUCACGAGUAUCGAGCGUCGAACACGCUCGGGUGAUACACUACAUUGUCAAUUGAUACAUUUGAUACACUGUUUAAAUAAUUAAUAUUUUUGAAGAGUCAUAUAAAUUGUAUACAUGUUUGGAUACAAUCGAUUGACCCUCCCUACUAUUCCAUUAGCAGUUACAUUCAAACAAUAUUUCUACAAUUAACACCUAUAACUAUUCAAGUUGGAUAUAUAAAUCAUCGAGAGGUCAUUUACUACAAUAUUUAUGAUCUUAAUGCUUCAUAAAUUGAUAAUAAUAAAAAAUAAGUUCGAUUCGAAUAAGUUCGUUGAACUCUUCAAAAUCGAUUUUUAAAAUAAGGUUGAUGUUGUAAGAAAUAAAGGCAAUAAAGAUAGUGCCUUAGAAUGAAACAUUUUAACUGAAGUGUACAAAAAUAUUAAAUACUUAAAAAAUUUGAAAACUAUAAAAUUUGACAUUU